AUGAAGUACGUCGCCCUCCUCAGCGGCGGCAAGGACAGCUGCUACAACCUCGCCACUGCGCCGCCAACGGCCACCACUCGUCGCAGCUGCCUCGCUGGGCCCCGAGCAUGGCAAAGGUCCGACACUCUUACCUCCCAAUGUCUGAACCCUGCCGACAGGAUUCACUGCAGAGAGCUCGACUCCUACUUGUAUCAAACCGUCGGGCAAGAUGCCAUCCAAUUUGAGGUCAUCUCCGGCGCGGCCGUUGAGCAGGGCAACGAAUAUGGUGGCCGAAGCCCUGCGGGGGGUGAUGGCGUGCUCGGGGACGAGACAGAAGACUUGUACGCCUCCUUGCCUUUAUGUUACCAGGAAUCGCAUCCUGGUGUCGAGGGUGUUUCUGUAGGAGCGAUUCUUUCCAACUACCAGCGGGUUCGAGUUGAACAUGUGUGUCGACGUCUCUCAUUGACCCCACUGUGCUACCUCUGGCAGCGUGAUCAGGCAGAGUUACUCUCCGAGAUGAUUGAAGCUGGCAUGGAGGCCAUCCUCAUCAAAAUGCAGCCAACGCUGACAAAGCUGAACGACUUGUAUGGGUCGCACAUAUGCGGCGAGGGCGGUGAAUACGAAACGCUCACACUGGACUGCCCAUUGUUCAAGCACAAAAUUAAACUAACAGAAGUCGAGACUGUCAUACACUCCGACAAUGACUUCGCGACAGUCGCCUAUCUUCGCAUUCAAAACGCUGUUCUCGAGCCAAAAUUCGGAGAGCCUCGUAUCGACUAUCCGUCGGAGGUAAAGAUGGUCGAGGAUUUAUCCUUACCACCGCUGGGAACUAGCAAUGUCAACAAGAUUGGCCAAUGGGUGGCAGUCACCGACAUCACGGCCAAUAGUGGCCAUGAAUAUUCCAUAGAGGAUGAAGUUCGGAACUGCUUCGAACAACUGAAAGACCGCCUGGCAAUGCACUCUCUGGACCUCUCAAAUUGCACGACCAUUAACAUCUUCCUCUCAUCCAUGGACCUUUUCGCGAGGGUUAAUGCGGUCUAUGGCACUUUCUUUGGCAGCAGCCCACCGGCUCGUGCAUGUGUCGCCGUCGAUCUCCCAUCUCCGACCAGAGUCAAGCUCGACGCCAUUGCAUUCGUCGAACGGAAUCCAAGCGAACGUCAAGUACUGCAUGUCCAGGGCCUGAGCUACUGGGCACCAGCGAACAUCGGGCCAUACUCCCAGGCAGUCGUGGCAGAUGAACGCAUCUUCAUAUCGGGCCAGAUAGGUCUGCUACCUAGCAGCCUCACCCUCCCAUCUCCUCAGUCACUGGCUCUAGAGACAGCCCUUUCGCUCCAGCAUGUGCAGCGCGUAACGCACGCCCUCCAGAACAACACUGGUGGUGGCUGGGACGGGCAUCAGCAGGGUGUUCUCUACUGGCUUGCAAACGCGAGCGAUGUAUCGUCUGUCCGGACAGCCUCGGGAGAUGGGGCGACGCCGCUCUUGUACCUCUUCGUGCCCACACUACCCAAAGGGGCGCUGGUGGAGAAACAGGUGAUCCUACAUACAGGAAGGUGUCUGGUACCAGACGAGGACGACGAGAUGAUUCAACGCAAUAUCGAACCCUCCUUCAGACAAGGGACUCACGAAGGUCAAGACGGUGCACGAUGUCACUGGGAGAUAUCAAGCUUCAAGGAGACGGAUGCAUCUGUGGCCGUAGUUUGCUUGCGCCGUGCCAAUGCAGAGAUGAUCGCUUGGAUACACACAGUGGAGGCUUUGCGUACUCUCAGACCCCACGCCCUGUCGAUUCGAUUAUUCUACAGACCUUCCAGGACCUCUUAUAGUACGUCUACAUUGGCAGUCAUACACGCUUCCGCAACUGACCUUCAUCCAGUGCGCGAGUGUCACGAGCAGCUCUUCGCAGGGCUUGACAAUCUACCGCCAGCCACACUCAUACCAUGCCGACGCAUUUCAAGCAGGGACCACGAUGACUGGGAUUACGCUAUGUUCAUUGUAGGAUCCUAA